UUGCUGAACAGCAGCAUGGAUCAGAGCAUCGGCAGCAGAGCAGCCUCCACCAGCCCCUACAGCUCCGAGCACACCUCCAAUGUCCCCACGCAUUCGCCCUACUCUCAGCCCAGCUCUACCUUCGACGCCAUGUCCCCGGCCCCUGUCAUCCCCUCCAACACCGACUACCCCGGGCCCCACCACUUCGAGGUGACCUUCCAGCAAUCCAGCACCGCCAAGUCGGCCACCUGGACAUACUCCCCGCUGCUGAAGAAGCUCUACUGCCAGAUCGCCAAGACCUGCCCCAUCCAGGUCAAGGUGUCGGGCCCGCCCCCGCCGGGCACGCUGGUCCGGGCCAUGCCGGUCUACAAGAAGGCCGAGCACGUCACCGAGGUGGUCAAGCGCUGCCCCAACCACGAGCUGGGACGAGACUUCAACGACGGCCAGGCUGCCCCUGCCAGCCACCUCAUCAGGGUGGAGGGCAACAACCUCUCCCAGUACGUGGACGACCCCGUGACGGGCAGGCAGAGCGUGAUGGUGCCCUACGAGCCCCCGCAGGUGGGGACCGAGUUCACCACCAUCCUCUACAACUUCAUGUGCAACAGCAGCUGCGUGGGAGGCAUGAACAGGAGACCCAUCCUCAUCAUCAUCACCCUGGAGACCAGAGACGGGCAGGUGCUGGGCAGGAGGUCGUUCGAGGGCCGGAUCUGCGCCUGCCCGGGCCGGGACCGCAAGGCUGAUGAGGAUCACUUCCGGGAGCAGCAGGCGCUGAGCGAGAGCGCAGCCAAGAGCGGAGCUGCCAGCAAGAGGGCCUUCAAGCAGAGCCCCCAGGGCAUGCCAGCGCUGGGCACGGGGGUGAAGAAGCGGCGGCAGGGCGAGGAGGAGCUCUACUACGUGCCAGUGCGAGGCCGGGAGAACUUCGAGAUCCUGAUGAAGAUAAAGGAGAGCCUGGAGCUGGUGGAGCUGGUCCCGCAGCAGCUGGUGGACUCCUACCGGCAGCAGCAGCAGCAGCAGCUCCUGCAGAGACAGAGCCAGCUGCAGACCCCUUCCUCCUACGGCCCUGUGCUGUCACCCAUGGGCAAGGCUCACGCUGGAGGGAUCAACAAGCUGCCCUCAGUCAACCAGCUGGUGGGACAGGCAGCACAGCACAGCUCCAGCUCCACCCCCGGCCUGGGGCCCAUGGGAGCUGGGAUGCUGAACAGCCACCCCCUGCAGCCCAACGGGGAGAUGAAUGGGGGCCACUCGUCCCAGGCCAUGGUCUCGGGGUCACACUGCACCCCCCCUCCACCCUACAACCCUGACCCCAGCCUCCUCAGCUUUUUGACAGGGCUGGGCUGUCCCAACUGCAUCGACUAUUUCACCUCCCAGGGCUUGCAGAACAUUUACCACCUGCAGAACCUGUCCAUAGAGGACCUCGGCGCCCUGAAGAUCCCGGAGCAGUACCGGAUGGUGAUCUGGAGAGGCUUGCAGGAGCUGAAGCAGGGCCACGAGUACGGCGCUCAGCCGCUGCUGCGCCCGGGCGGCGGCGCGGCGGGGGGCGGCGGGGGGCUGGGCGCCCCCGGGGAGCUGCAGCGGCAGAGGGUGAUGGAGGCUGUGCACUUCCGAGUGCGCCACACCAUCACCAUCCCCAACCCCGCCCGCGCCGCGCACGACGACUGGGCGGACUUCGGCUUCGACCUGCCCGACUGCAAGUCCCGCAAGCAGUCCAUCAAGGAGGAGUUCCCGGAGGGGGAGAUCAACUGA